AUGCGGUUAUGGGCGGCCGACGAGGGGAAAGGUGAAGCUUGCGAAUCCACCAACGACACUAUCACCUUGCCUCUAGCCGGGUGCGAAACGUCAUAUGGAUAUACGCUAGAGGCACCCAUGCGUGGCGGGUACGAUUACGAACAUCCGAGCUUUGAUGCCUCGAACGGAUGGAACAAAUAUGUCAACAGCUUCCCACCUGGUGGACUUCAUGUCGACCCAGAACCCCAUUACUCCUUCACUCUAGAGUGGAUCUCUGAUCUGCACCGGUGGAUGGAGGGGGAGAUACCGGCCAGCCAUCUACCUGACGUCCAAGAUGAUGAUUCCGACAAUGACUCGAUCAAGGUCAGCUUCAGCCAACUUAUUAGCGGCUUGAUUCGGGCAUGGAAGAAAAGCCACGCCUCGAGAGGCUACGGUCUUUAUAUCUACUGGCCUGGUCAGACCAUUGUCACCGUCUUCACUUGGGAGAAGAAGGAUAUGGACAUCUGCAAACUGCUUUGGGAAGUUCAGAGGGGGAAGAUUCCGAGGGUGAAGAUUCAGAGGGGGUAG